UAAUACCUUAUGGUUGCUUUGUGGUUCGUUUCCUUGUUGUUGGUUUGCCUUGUACAUUCUGAACCAUAUAAGGAUUGUGGAUCUAAAGUUGGAAAAUUACAUUCACUAACUGUAACACCAUGUGACAGGAUACCAUGUGCGUUAUAUAAAGGUCGAAACGCCACUAUUACAAUUGGAUUCAGUACCCAAGAGACUGUAAAAGAUGGUCAUAUUUCUGUACAUGGAGUGAUUGCACAUGUACCAGUACCAUUUCCACUUGACAACUCAGAAUUAUGCAACUUUGUCAGUCCAGUGUGUCCUCUAAUUCCAUCUAUAGAGAACUAUACACACACGUAUUCUUUGUAUGUUAGCACAUCAUAUCCAUCGGUAAGUUAAAUCAAAUUUAUCGUUUACUUUGCAUCACAUGCACAUAUUUAAGAACAGUGUUUCAUCUGCGGACACCUAUUGUAAUUAGUUAAGUAUUCACCAUUUGUAAUACACCAAAUUGUCGGUUGAUAAAUGUAUGUAGCGUUAUCGAGGAAUUUGUUUGCUGGCAUUAUAAGCUACACACAGUGGGAUGGCGGGUUUGAACCACUUAACCAUAGUUUUGAUAACCGUCUCACCUAUCUCACCUUGUUUAAGAGAUUUAAAGUGUAGUGAUGGAUCACACAUCUCAGGUACCCACACCAUGGAUAGACGUUUAUUCUUAACGAGCGCAAAAUGGAUAACUGGAUCGGUAUUGAUGAUCGUUUUGAUCCGAGCAUGGUCAUAGAUAUCAAAGAACAGUUACUGAAGUCCCGUCAUAUACAGUGCAUUUUAGUAGUUAUUUUAUUAUAAUCGCCUCUGUACUUUUCAAACCCCCUGUAUUUAAAAUCCACAAACCAAUAAAGGGUAUCGUAUUUCUAGAGCCAACUAUUCACACCUUAAUUUUUUUAAAAAGACGGAAUCUCCAGGGAAGCUAGUUAUCCGUAGAGAACGUUUAACUUCUGCAUCAUUACAGUAUGUACACCAGUUAAUAUACUGAUAUGAAUUUGGCUUCGAAUUUUACAUAUGUAACUUUUUGUCUCAUCACUCUUGCAGACUAUUCCCCUUACAAGUAUGCUUUUUAGGGAAAAAUCUUAAACAUCGUCAACAUAUAGCUCGGCACAAAUGUGCGUUAGCCCAAGUUGCCAUACGUAACUGGCACAAUGUGCUGAGAAUAACAAGCGAUCAAAAUAGUGUAGUAGCAAUCAUAAAAAGAAGGGCUUAACCUUAGGAAUAUGGUUUAAAAGGACAGAGUGGGAAAACGUAUAUAUGAAAGGAUACUGAAAUUCAAGAUCGAGAGGAAAAUGAGGAGUGGAAUGCAUCUAUGUCAUUGUAAAUAGUUCUGACUUCUCUAGCUUGUGAUUACAGUUGGGGUUAUUAACCAACAAGGUAGUCUAUGUCCAUCAACAUAGUUUAGACUAAUAGUCAGUGAUUUCGCUGACUGAUGCCACGUUUUGGUUUAGUCGUUUCUUUCUUUCUGCCUACUCCAGCACUAACAAGAAGUGCUCGUCGAGGUAGGUGGUGGUUAAGCUUGCGUGAUACAUGUCCCAACCAAAUCAGUCGAUGGAAAUUCACUACGUCAUCUACCUGUUUGACACCGGCAAGUACCCUAUAUCUAACCUCAACAUUGCUUACUUGGUCAUGUCAUAAAAGGUGAACAAUGUUUCGAAGACAUCUGCGACCAAAACUUUCGAGCCUACGCAUAUUCUCUACUUUUAUAGAUCACGUUUCAUAGUUAUCAGAUAGGAAAUAGUGGAUCUCUGACCAGUUUACCCGCCCAUUGGUUGGUAGAUUGACAUCUCACUUGCGCCACAAGUGACCCAAGUUGGCAAACACCAACAGGACUUCCUGAGUCUGUAUCGACAUUUCAUCAGACACCGACCCACCGGAGGCUGACGAAACUUACAAUAUAAGUGAAGUGAUCGGGAAUUAAUUACUUCACUUCUUAUCACUAUUUCAAGCAUUGACUUAGACCAAUCCUAAAGCAACAUUUUGGAUUAAUAGGGAACGGAACGCAUUCCGAACAUGCUAGUGUUGCUGUUCAAGGCGUCUGAAGAGACUGGAUUUGUGUAUUCUAAAUUGAUAAGCCUAGUAGGAGAUCGACCCUCCAAAAGUUAAUUAAAGAAACUUUUAUUGAUAGGAGGAAAUCGAUGCGUAAAAUGGGAAUACUGUGGAUCCCUGUGGUUAAGAGUUCGCCAUACGAACAAUUUGUGGUGGUCGGUGUUCGAUAUAAUCAUUAAACUUCGUAUACAGUUCGUCUUGAUAACCGUCACUAGAUAACUGCCCAACGGUAUAUUAAUCAGAAGGCCACACACAGAUAUCCAAAAUUACAGAUUCGUUAAACAAGCAUGAAAGAGCUGUGCCGAAAGGCAAGCGAGUGAGUCAGCGAAUAUAAGUACGAGUGAGCGAGUACAAUUAAGCGAGAGAGAGCAAUGAACAUGAGUAACAUGGACAUAUAUAUACAUAGUGAGAUGUAUGAAUCAUCGAAUCAAUUAAGCGGUUAGUAGUAAGGCUGGCAGCGUGAAUAGAUGCGUAGGCGAUAGCAUUGCUCAAGCAUACAUGUUCAUACAUUCGCAACAAUAAUAAAGAUACAAUGAUAUAGAUAAGUUAUUGUUGUACAGGUGACUCAGUUCGUUAAUAAGUUAACAAAAUGACUUGAUCGAAUUAAAUAUGAACAAACUCAAUUGCACAUGAGUUGCUAUAAAUUCCUCAAAACUAUUGAACUAGUCUUUGCGUAACUAUACUAAAAUAGGUGAAACUCAGUCUUUGGAAACUCGAUGUGCUACAGAAAUACAGACUUUAUACUAUUGAGGAUGCCACAGGUAUUUGGAGUUUUGACAACGCUUUAACCAUUAACACCUAAUAUGAAUCGUACCCACCAAGUGUUUUAAUUUACGGCAGCGAAACAUGGCCAUUAAGAGUAGAAGAUACUCGUAAGCUACUAGUAUUUGACCACAGAUGCCUUAGAAAUAUUGCUGGCGUCUGCUGGGAUCACCGGGUAAGUAAUAGUGAGGUUAGACGCAGGGUAUUAGGGAAUGAUGGUAAAUCAGUUGAUGAGGUUAUGAAUCUUCAUCGACUGAGAUGGUUUGGCCACGUAUUACGUAUGCCUGAACACCGAUUACCACGACGUGCAAUGCUAACCGGUGUAGGGGAUGUUUGGAAGAAAGUUAGGGGCGGCCAAACCAAAACGUGGCAUCAGUGCU